AUGAUUAAGAAACCAUUGACAACUAUGCCGACAUUAAAUAGUCGAAGAAUAAGAUUAAUAUUAACUUUGGGUCUACUAUUAUUAUGUUUAAUUAAAACCAUUCAUCUUAAAUUAACUUCACCUUUAAAUCAAGCAUAUUUAGAAUAUCAAGCAUUACAAUUACAUCAAUUAAGUAAUUUUAAUCCUAAAAAUAAUUUAAUUGAAUUAUUUGAUUAUUUAAAUACUUGGCAUAUUAAUAAUAAUCGAAAACAUAAAGAUCAAAAUCAAAAUCAAGAUCAAAAUCAAGAUCAAGAUUUAGGUUCAAAUGAUAAAAUAUCUAAAAUUGGUAAUUCUUAUGGGGUUUAUUUCCAUUGGGAUGAUUGGGUUGAUUUAUCCCUUGCUAAUAAAAAAUUAAAUAAAGUACGACAACAACAAAAAAAAAUUAAGGACGAUUACGUGGAUAAUGAUGAUAAUGAAGAUGAAAAUGAAAAUGAAAAUGAAAAUGAAAAUGAAGUGGAAAUAGACAAUACUCAAUGUGACGCCAGAUUAUUACGUUAUGCCAAUGUUAAUGCUCAUAGAUUAGAGUCAUUAAAGACAAAACAAAUUCGUGGUCGAUGUCAAUUAUAUUGUCUGUUCCCCAUACCAAAAAGAAUUAUUACUACUACUGAUAAUUUAUUUAUUGAAAUACCUGUAAUUGGUAAAAAACGAUUAGGUAUUCAGGAUAAUAAUAAUAAUAAUAAUAAUGAUAAUGAUAAUGAUAAUAAUGGUAAUAAAUUGAUUACUACUACUACUAGUAAAUUGGUUUCUACAAUGGAGAAUUUACAAAAAAAAUUCCACAAAUAUUAUCAUCAAUAUAACCAACCAAAUUUAGAUAAUUCAAAUGAACAAUUUCAAAUACAAAUUAAAAAUAUAACUCGAUUAAAAUCAAAAAUUGAUAAUUUAUCAAUUAAAGAUUUUAUUUUUAAUGUUGAAUUAGAAAUUGAAAAAUUACAAAUUCUUAAUAUUACCAAUAAUAAUGGACUUAAUGAAAUUGAUUUAAAUCGAUUAAAAUUUUAUCAACUGGCUAAUAAUUUAGUUGAUAAAAUUGAUAGAUAUUUUAAAUAUCCUUGGAUAAUUAAUGAUAUUAUUCAAGGUAAUACUCAUCAUAUUGCUUAUCCAUUUUUCUAUCGAUAUAUUAGUGAUAGAGAAAGACAAUCUAUUUUACAUCAUAUGAUUCGUAUAUGGUUUCAAUUAAUGGAAACUUAUAAUUAUAAAAGUUGGAUUAAUUAUGGUAAUUUAUUAGGUUGGAAAUUUAAUGGAUUAAAUAUGCCUUGGGAUAGUGAUAUUGAUAUACAAAUGCCAAUUAUUGAAUUAAAUAAAUUAGCAAUGAAUUUAAAUCAAUCAUUAAUUAUUGAAAAUCCAAGAUUUGGUAAUGGUAGAUAUUGGUUAGAAAUUUCUCCAAGUUAUAUACGUCAAGGUAAUGGGAAAAAUCAUAUUGAUGGUAGAUUUAUUGAUAUUAAUAAUGGAUUAUAUAUUGAUAUUACUGGAUUAUCAAUUAAUGAAGAAAUAUUAUUAAUGGAGGAAAAAAAUUUAGAUUACCCACAAUUUAAUGAAAAUGAAAAUGAAAAAUUUAUUUUAAAUUCUUCAAUUUCUUCUUCUUCUUCAAUUUCUGUUCAUUGUAAAAAUUGGAAUUGGCAUAAAUUAAAUGAAUUAUUACCUUUAAAAAAAGCAUUUUUCGAAGGAUCAUCAAUUUAUAUACCAAAUAAUGUAUCAACCAUAUUAAAAAAUAAAUAUGGUAAUAAUGCUUUAAAUAAUUAUAAAUUUCAUAAUCAUAUUUAUCAUCCUGAUAUAUCAAUGUGGAUAAAUAAUGAUAUUUGUCAAUUAAAUAAUAAUAAUAAUAAUAAUAAUAAUAAUAAUAAUAAUAAUAAUAAUAAUAAUAAUAAUAAUAAUAAUAAUGGUAACAUUAAACAUUGGAAUCCAACUGAUAAAUUUAUUCCUACCACUAAAGAAGAAGAAGAAGAAGAAGCAAGAAAAUCAUUAUCAUCAUCAUCAUCAUCAUGUGAUUUGAAAUUUAUUCAAGAUGAAUAUAAUAUUAUUAAAGAAUCAAUAAUUAGACAUCGAUAUUUAGAAUCUUUAAAUUCACAAGAUAACCAACAACAAGAAGAACAACAAGAAGAAAUUAUUGAUAAAUUAAAUAAUUUACCUAUUUUUAGAAAAGAUCCUUGGGAUUAUUAUUAUGAUAUAAAUCAUAAUUUAGUUAAUAAUGAUCGUUGGUAUGUUAAGAUAGAAGAAGUUGUAUAA